CGCGCCGUGGCGGCGACUGAUGCCCUGCGCCCCUUCGUCCAACUCCGUUGGCAGGUAUAACAUCAGGCUCUUACACCGCCACUCUGCACCUCCUCUUCUUGUCCUGCAAUUUGUUAAUUAUGAUCCCAAAACUGUAUAUUGCCAAGACCCCAAAUUAGUUUAGAUACCAAUUCGAUGGAAUUCUUUCUCGAUUAAUUUCCCACUGGAUGGAGAGGAACAUACAAAAGGAUGAUACUGUAGUAGACUAGUACUAAGCAUCGAUAGGAACAUAUAAAAGGAUGACAGUAGCCUAGUACCAAGCACAUAUUCAGAACAUGAGUCUGAAUUUUUUUAGCUCCGGCGUGGCUAGAGUCGGAGGAGUGGGCGUGGAGGCGUUUUCCGCCACUCCAGCAGCCGGAGCACCAGAAUCCGGUGUCUUCCUCCACUCCAGCGGCUGGAGCACCUGGAUCCGGGUCUCCCUCUACUCUGCACGGCCGAUGGUGACUGUCCAGCUAGUCAAUUCCUCACGUCCAGAUCUGGUAGCUCACAAUUUGUUCCUUGUGUUUAUAUUGUCUGGGUACAUGAUUUUUGCCCCUAAUUCUUUUUGUCCGAUACUCGUGCUCUCCAAUUUUGCCAUCUGCAUUCUUCUUCAACACUUUCAUCUCAGAUCUGAAAUUUCUUCUUCAUGUAAAUAGUAAUUGGUAGGAUUAACUUUCAGUCAUCAAAACUUCAGUUUUAUUUACUAUUGGUCUUAUACAGAAAACCACUUCAUUGCUGAUCUCAGCACCUAGUGAUUUCCCGCAGUGAAGGAUUUUCCGCUAACCUAAUGACAAUCGCACUGUUGUAAUUUUACAAUGUGUAUUGGACAUUGCAUCACAUAUGUUAAAUACAUAUAUAUUUGAAUUAUCGAUCGUUGCUUCUAAUUUUUAGGACUCCGCUGAUUCUUUCCAAAACAUAAAAUCUAUGCAUGAGAGUUUAAACUGAUUUUGUUUUUGCGAGCAUGGAUUUUUGUCCUGUAAUAGAUAUUGCAUGAAUCUGGAGUGCUAAAAAUGAAUCUGGCGCGUUUUGUUAUGCUGAAGAUUUCAUUCUGCAAAUCAUUUUUUCUGCUGAUUUUGUGUGUGCUUGUGUUGAUGAGUUUGCAAAUUUCUGCCAACAUCAUGUAGUAGUCAAAUUAUGCUCGUUCAAAACGUGGCUGAGAUAUUUGAUGUUCGGACUGCUAAUGGCAAACCAGUAAUUAAAUGAGAAUCGGCAGAGAGAUAGCGAAGUGGCAGGUGCAUUGAAGAAUCACAUGGCCGUGUCAGCGGCUUUAAGUGGCACAGGGACCUUUCAAAAUAAACAAGCUCGUAAAUAGCAAGAUAUAUAUGAAGUACUAUACAUUGUAAAUACACUCAGUAGGUACCUCCUUUUCAUCAAUCUCAUGGCACAUGGGUGAUCCGGAUAACGAGCCAUGUGUAGCCCGGUCUGCAUUUGAGGUUUUCACGUUGUUGUCAUGACUCAUUAGUAGUGUGCAUGCCCUCUUGUUUUAGCAAUGUUACUCUGAUCCAUGGUUUUAAUUUAGACUCAUGGCAUUAACUAGUUCUCUUGGUAUGCACUCAUUUCGUCGAAUGUGUGCAACCUUGCAAUUCAACCUGGAUUCAGUGGCAUUGUAAAAUAAGCCUUAUUCAUUUCGUCGAAAGUGCGCAACCUUGCAACUCAACCUUAUAAGGUACCUUUGCUGAUUGAAUUUCCAUUUAUCCUGCAAGUUCUCUGGCUCUCUGAAACACAUGUCAGUUCUCUAAAUUUAUCUCUCUCCAGGGCAUGUCAAAACUAAAUUGUGUCCUUUUCACUUAUAUCAGUAUCAUACAUCUUGCAUAUCUAUAACUGUAACUGUUAAUCCAGCAAACACUUUUACUGCCAAGUAGUUUGAUGGACGUUAGUCAUUUGCUCUCCGCACAUGCUAUUGGUAGCUAGCAUGUGUGCUGUUGCGCGCGUGCCACGGGCGGCAGGCCACGCAUCAGCCCCUCUCCCCACCUACCUUUACAAUUUCCUAUCUAACAUCUAAACACUCUAUCUCCUAUCUCCUUUAUUAUUUACUCCGGGCACAUGUUAUUGUGAUUACUACAAUACGUAGCUAGCAUGUGCGCUGUUGGUAUUAUUUGGAGUCGCUGGUGGAGUUGCUCUAAAAACAGAUCCAAACAUUUCCCAUAUUGAAAACAUUUCUCUUGCCCCCUUUUUCCUCCUUGCCUUCUCGAUUUCUUCCUCCUAAACAAACCCCAACUCCCAAUCCAUUCCCCUGCUCCCACUUAGCACCACACGGCAAGCGGUAGUGAUCAACCUUCGCCGGAGAGAUUAGGUUGGCCAUGUCGUCCACCACCUCCAAGAUCGUCGCUGACACGGCGAGCGGGCACCACAUCCUCAAGAUCGAGGGCUACUCCGGCACCAAGUUCCUCUCCGAAGGGCACUCCAUCAAGUCUCCCCCUUUCACCGCCGCAGGCCACCGCUGGAGCAUCAAAUACUACCCGAGCGGUAAAGCUUGGUUCUACCCGGCUUGCAUCUCUCUCUACCUCGUCCUCGAGGAGGACGUGGCCAGUCCGGUGAAGGCGUUGGUCCAGUUCGGUUUCGCGGCGGAGGAGCGUCGCCACCUCGUGCCAUUCUUCCCCAAGAAGAGCAAGACGCCAGCGCCGCUGUUUAAGUCAGGCGAGUUGGAUUUUGUCAGCCGUGGAGCCAAGGGAUGCGACCAGUUCAUUGAGAGGAGUGCCCUGGAGAAAUCGAAGAAUCUCAGGGACGAUUCCUUCACUAUCAGGUGUGACAUCGUCGUCCUCAACGGGUUCCACGCCGAGGAUGUGGGGCCGGCCAAGAACAACUCCGCGCCAAGGUGCGUCUCUGUGCCACCGUCCGACCUGAUCCAGCACCUCGGCAACCUCCUCACGUCCGGCAAGGGCGCGGACGUGGUGUUCGAGGUCGGCGGCGAGAUGCUGGCCGCGCACCGGUGGCUGCUCGCUACCCGGUCACCUGUCUUUGCCGCGGAGCUCUUCGGCUCCAUGAGCGAGAGCGGCGGUGCUGCUGACGUUGUCCACGUGGCCGACAUGGAGGGGCAGGUGUUCAGGGCGUUGCUCCGUUUCUUGUACACUGACUCGUGGCCGGAAAUGGCUAAAGAAGAGGAAUGCGCCAUGGCGCAGCACCUGUUCGUGGCGGCGGACCGGUACGGCAUGGAGAGACUGAAGCUGCUCUGCGAAGACAACCUGUGCAAGAGCAUCAGCCUGGGCACGGCGGCCAACAUCCUGGCAUUAGCCGAGCUCCACAACUGCAACGACCUGAAGGAUGCCUGUCGGCUGCCAUGA